AUGGCAAGCACGCCCAUCACGGGCUCCUCGCUCAUCAAGGCACUCAAGGGUGCCGCAGACCCACCAACAAAGGGUGGGCCCUCCAAGGUUGAGCUCGCCACAGCAGCCUGGAACGACGUCGACCUCGUCGUCCCACGCAAGGCAGAUGUGGUGCGCGACUGGAUCGUCGAAGCGUGGACAAGGGCCAAGGCAGGUGCCAACAACCCCAUCCUCGACCCACACUACCACAACCUCCUCGUCGCCGUCACCCCGUCGUGCGCAUCCCCUCCCGUCGCUCCUCUCACCCUCCUUGCAACUUACAUUACCUCGACUGCGGCAUCUCCUCCAACCCUCAACGAGGGCCUGGGUCUCGCAGCGGCCGCCUCGUUUCCUCUCCUGUUUGGCGGCGAGGUGAACAAGGCCGAUGCCUGGGCAGAGGUCUGGGGCAAGCUCGUUGCUGUUCUUGCUGCGUCACCGUCGACCUCGCUGGCAAACGCCCUGUCCCCUGCAGCAACGCUGGUUUGCAACUCGCUCACCGAGACGCUUCCUUCGUCGCAAAACUCAAAGAAGAUUGCCCAGUCCCUCCACUCCUCCCUUCCAGCGUAUGCGGCCACUCUUGCUUCCCACCCGAGCUUGCGGGAUACGUUCGAGCCAUUGACUGGGCCCCUCUUCUUCCCCAUCCAGACUCUGCAGACCAUCGAGCCCCUCAAGGCCCUCCUGGGUCCUCUCACACCGGCCUCGCCCACAGCCGACUUUGCCCCAGCUCUGGAGCUCGUCCCACACCUGUUUGACGCGUUUGUCGCCGCGACCAAGCAGCACCGCUACACCCUGUACGGCCGUUCCGCCAACGAGCGUACUCCCAUCGACGUUGUCGUGGCCGACAAGACCCGUGCUGCGGUGAUUCCGGCUCUUGCUGCAUGCCUCGAACUGGCCAACAGCCUCGAGGACGCCGCCCUUGCCCGUCCAUCAUCGUCUGCUGGCGUUCCCCCUCUGGUCGAGGCCAUUUGGGGCGCUCACCUUCGUCUCUGGGACACCCUCCUCACUUGGGGCGGUUACCUCGAGACGGACGAGCGCGCAGGUACGCUUCUCGCCGCCGAGGCGCGCCGUGCGGCGUCUGCGCUGUCCGCAUACGGUGCCUCUGAUGUCAACGCCACAGACGAGGGCCUCGCCGGUCGUAUCCUCCGCACCCUCGAUGCCCUCGAGCGUCUUGACCACGACCACGCGGCCAUCGGCACCGACGUUGUUGGCUGGUGUCUCGCUUCCCCCGCCCGCACCCAUGCCGCCGCCCGUGCUCUCCUCUCGUCCCUCCUCCGCUUCCACCAGCUCACCCACUCGCUGGGCAACUUUUUCGAUGCCCUCGCGGAUGCUGCCCAGGGCCUCUUUGACGCCAGCUUGCCCGCCGAUGCCCUUGCGGCAGUGUACACGCUCGUUGCUGCCGGACCUCUGUCUGACAAGAAGUUCCGCGACGAACUUGCUGCCGCCGUGCGCUCUACCAACCUCGGCGGUAGGCGAAGUGCUCAGUGGGCUGGUCUGCUCGACGACAUUGCUCUUCGCGUGCGUACUGCCCUGGCCGGCAAGCGCAAGCGCGAGGAUGCCCCUGCUCGUCUUGUUGCGGUGCUCUCCCGCUUGACCAAGGUUGUGCUGGACGCUGGUGCUCGUGCCAAGGAGGGCGGCGAGGAAGUCGAGGGCGCUAUCGGUGCUGCUGCCCGUGCCUUCGAGGACGAGGAUGAAGAGCAGGACGAAGACGACAGUAAGAAGAAGAAGAAGCGCAAGUCCGACGCCGUCAACGUUUCUGCCGACCUCGUGGCUGCCGCACGCCUGCGCGUCGCCCGUUCCGCUCGCUUGAUCCUCCGCAACGACGGUGUUGCCGUCCCCGUUGUGGCUGGCACCGCCGAGCUCCGUCUCGAGGCGUUCCACUAUGUCUCUACCCACCUCGCCCUCACGGCUCACGCCGAGGACUCUGACGCCACUGAGCGUGCCACUGCUGUGGACGCUAUCCUUUCGGUGUUGGACGGCAGUGCCAAGAAGGCGUGGUCAGGCCGCGACGCGACAGUGACGGACAAGACUCUUGCUGCCGCCGCAUGGACUCUGACUGCCGAGCGUGGCCUUGCUGUUCUCGACGCUACGGCCACCAGCGCCCAGCUUGAUACUCUUGCAGGAACCAUGAUUGCUCGUGCCUCUACCGCCGACGAGGGUUACUCAGUCGCCGCGGCCGUUAAGCGUGUUUUCUCCAACGCCGAGACAUGGGAGCUCGCCAACGUCCGCAAUGCGCUGCUCAAGGCCCUCCCCGCCGCCAAGGCUGGCGCAUUUGUUGUUCUUUCCGCUUGUCCCGCCGCAUGGCUGUCAAAGCCUGCUCGUGUGGCCCUUCUUGAGGCCGCGUAUGCAACCGACGCUGCUGCCGGCGAGGGUGACAACGAGACCCGCGCCGCUAUCCGUACGUGGCUCACACGCCUUGCCGCGGCGGACGUCUACCCGGAUGCCAAGCAGGUCAAGAAGCUCCUCAAGAGCGCCGAGGGUGUUGAGGCCUCGACUCUUGCUCUUGUAGGUGCCACGUACACCCACCUCGCACGCGUUCGUGGUGAGGCCCUGGUCUCCGUUCUCGACGACACCAUCAAGGGCAAGCCGUUCAAGCACGCCGACACGCGCUCUGCCGCCGCGGCGCUCUUGCUCGAUGCCCUGCCGACUCAGUCGGUCGACAAGUACGCCGACGACAUCAAGCCCAAGCUCACGGCUCUCGACGAGGCCGCCAGGGGAUACCUCGCUCCGCGGGUCGCCUCUGCUCUGGCCUCGGACGCUGUGGUCGCCGAUGCGGACGUGUUUGCCGCCUACCGCUCGCUCACGCGCUUUUCCCGCUGGCUCAGUGGUGCAGCUGCCGAGGGCAACGACGAGACUGGCGCAAAGCUGCUCGCUGCCGUCCUCUCCGCCAGCGACAAGCAGGCCGCCGCGCCCCUCGCCGCCGUCUCGUUGGACAUUCUUGCCGCCGUUUCUGGCUCGGCCGAGACGGUCCUCGCCGCGUUCCUCCUUCUCUCGGCGCGCUACGCGGGUGCCGCCGAGGCGCCCUUCCGUGCGUACGUCCGCACCCUCUCGGCGGACGAAUACGCCACCAUCCUCUCCGCAGUGGUCGCUCUCGCCACUACGUGCUCGGGACGCAAGCUUGUCGCUGCCCUGCACGCCAUCCGCGUCCUUGUCUCCGCGCCUGUGGAGGGCAGUGGCCGCGCCCUCGCUACCCAGCUGCACGAGCUCCUUUCAUCUCUCGACCGUGCCGUGCGUGUCGGCGACGUCGACAUCAUUGCCGAGGCGCUCCGCCUCAUCGGCAGCUUGGUCGACGACCGUACGGGCCUCCUUCGCGCCGCGGACGCGGCCUUGAUCCUCACCACGCUCACCGCCACUCUCACCCCGGACGCCUCUUCGCGCCCCGCGUCGUUCAACCCCGAACUCGUCGUGUUGGCCCUCACCCCUCUGCUCACGCUCUCCCGCCACCGCGCCGACCUCGUCCUCGCGCACCUCCCAGGAAUCGUCGGCACGCUCUCGACCACCUUUGCGCUCCUGCAGCGCGCCCGCGCCCGUGCUGGCCGCAGCAAGGCAGCGGCACGCAGGCCGUUCUGGCUCGGCGUCGAGCCCGAGACCACCGCCGACGACCCGGCAUCAGCGCACGCCGCUCUCCUGGCGCGUGUCUUUGUUUCGCUUGCCACCGCGCGCGUCGGUAGCAGCAGCAACACUGGCACGCUCGGCGACGGCGACGCCCCGCGUGCCCUUGCGGGACCGCUGGCCAAGCACGCCCCGGCCCUGCUGGUCGCGUACGCCCGCGCCGCCUCGGACGCGUGGUGUGGCCUGUCGCCCUCGGUCCGCCGUGAGCUCGAGCCGGGACUGUUCAGCCUCUGCGACGUGGUCACUGCGGGCGGCCGUGCCGACGGCCGCGGCCGCGAGGGUGAAGGUGUCGGAAGGCCGUUUGGCCUCGGCGACGCCGGCGACGCCGAGCACGAGGUCUGGGCCGACAUGUGGCGCGCCUGGGGCAGGAAGAGGUACACAGGACAGGGAUAG